GGACGUCCACAACUCACCAUGAAGAUUCAAGCCUUCCCGAUUAUUGCUGUUGUAGCAGCCCUGCUGCCGAUAGUAAAGUGCGCUCCAGGAGAAAGCGCUACGGAGGAAGAAGACCGAUCAUGUGAGAAAAAGGAGAAGGAGGCCGCAGAAGUGGGAGAAAAAACCGUUCAAAACUGCAAUUACUUUUGCGAACGUGUCAAGGGAAGCGGCGAUUAUGAAAAAAAGUACUAUAAAGAUGGUACGAAGUGCAAGUACACCGAUGAACAGACAAGCGAGUGCAUGGAUAAUUUAUGCCAGAAUCCAGAAUAUAUAAAAAAGAUGAAAGAGGAUAAGGAAAAAAACCAAGAAAACAAAAAAGAGGGAAAUCAAAAUGAAGAGGAGAAAAACAAAGAGGGAAAGAAGGAAGAAGGGAAAAAUGAAGAUGAGAAAAAGAAAGAGGAAAAGAAGGAAGAAGGGAAAAAUGAAGAUGAGAAAAACAAAGAGGAAAAGAAGGAAGAAGGAAAAAAGGAAGACGAACAAAAGGAUGAGAAGGCGGACGAAGGAGAAAAAGAGAAGAAUAAGGGGGAAAACGAAGGUCAAAAAGAAGAAGUGCCAGAAGAGAAAACAACUGCAGGCACUCAGGAGCCUUAA